AUGUCACUGCCGUGCUGUAACUGGAAGCCUCGCAUAACCGCCAGGAAAUGUCUGAAAACAUUUGGUGCAUGCGUGUUGGGUUUGGCAAUUAUCGCAAUUAUCGACCCCUACCCCGGUUUAAAAACGACGGAAAUCAACGCCGCUCUGAUGCAAGGAGCAGCAGGAGGCCACUGUUAUUCGUCGUCGUACUGGGACGCUCUGCUGGACUCGGAAUCCUUGACAGGAUACCAACUUUUGCAAUACGUCAUGUGGACCAACAGCUCGUCUUGUCUGCUGUCACACGACUUUGGCGGCGUAUUGGUCCAAAAUCCGCCGGGCAUCGAUGGGCAGAAGGCUGUUUGCCUCGAUCCUCAUGUGGCUCCCAAUCCGGCGGAUUGUCUCGUUUAUUCCUUCGGCAUCAACGACGAGUGGUCGUUUGACGAGCAAAUGGAAAAAUACGGAUGCCAAGUAUUUGCCUUCGAUCCUUCAAUGGCCAAGGGGCAACACGACCACAGUCCCGGCAUUCACUUUUACGACUGGGGAUUGGCUGAUCGGGAUGGAAUGGAUAGUGAGAAAAAUUGGACACUUCGUUCACUCUCGUCCAUCUACAGCGAUCUGACUGCACGUCACGGCCACAAGAAAAUCGAUUAUUUGAAAAUUGACGCCGAAUUUGCCGAAUGGAUUGCUCUGCCGCAGAUGAUCCAGUCGGGCAUGUUGGCCAAUGUCCGUCAGUUGGCUGUCGAGAUUCAUCUCAACAAAUCAGAAUCGAUCGACAAAAAUCGUGACUACGCCAAACUGUUGAGAUCCAUCGAGAGAAUGGGAUUCGUCCGAUUUGAUUCCAAAUACAACCCGUGGUCCAUUACACAUUUUCUACAUUUGGGAUUAUUUUCUGUACCUUUUGCUUAUGAGAUUGCCUGGUAUAACGAGAAUCUCCUGAGUGGCUUUUAUCUCUGA